AUGGCAAAGGACUUGGUUGUUUUUCAAACACAUGUGGAGUUUUACAUGGAUGACACGGGAUUGAGCUAUGCAUAUCCGGUGUUUAUUAUAUUUGGAUCCACAAUCACAGGAGAGCCUGUACAAGUACUUGUCAGGAACUUCUAUCCAUAUAUAUACAUUGAGAGUGCGAACGGAAAGGAGUAUAAAGAGAAUGACAUAAUGGAAUCGAUCAAGAAGCUGGAUAUAAAAGGGAUGAUUCUGGACGUCGAGGUUGUUUUUAAACAGAAUAUCUUUGGAUACUCAGAAUCAAAGUCGCGCUUCUACAAAUUGACAUUCAGCACACCUCAUGUAUUUGCAGGCGUCAAGGCACUGCUUGAGGAGGGGGUGGUUGUGAAGAGAGAAAGGGUUGUUUUCAAGGUAUACGAAAGCAACAUUCCGUUUGUAAUAAGGUUUAUGUGUGAUCUUGGAAUGGUAGGAAUGAGCUACGCCAAAAUAAAGAAAUACGAAGUUGUUCAUGCAAAGCCACUGACUGUCACAGCAUCUUAUGAAUCGAUUGAAUGUCUUGCGCCAGAAGGCAGCUAUGUAAAGCUUCCUCCACUCAAGAUCCUGAGUAUUGACAUUGAAUGUGUAGGCAGCAAUGGCUUUCCGUCGUCUAAGGUUGAUCCAAUCAUACAGAUUGGAAACACGGUGAGCCUGUACGGAAGCAAGGAUCAGGUGAUGCAGGACAUAUUCUGCCUGAAGGAGACGACUGGGAUUCCUGGUGCGAAUGUGCAUUGGCAUGAGACAGAGAAAGAGCUUCUUGAAGGAUGGAGAAAGUAUUUUAUGGACCUUGAUCCAGAUAUAAUUAUUGGAUACAACAUCAAGGGAUUCGAUAUUCCGUACAUUCUAGAUAGAGGAGAAGCUGUGGGGAUAGAGGGAUUUUCGUGUCUUGGGAGGCUGGACAAGAAGGUUAAAGUAAGGGAUACUACAAUGUCUGGCAAUAUGUUUGGAUCGAUCAUGACCACUGAGGUUGACAUUGGAGGGCGACUGGUGAUUGACAUGAUGCUUGUGAUACGAAGGGAUUUCAAACUGAGAAGCUAUUCUUUGAACUCUGUCAGCAUCCACUUCCUAAAGGAACAGAAGGAAGAUGUGCCGUAUUCUUCGAUUGGUGUGCUACAGGCUGGCGACAAGGAUAGCAGGCGGAGAAUAGCAUCGUAUUGCUUGCGAGACACGCUGCUAACCCUCCGCCUGUUCAACAAGCUGAGUGUCUUGGUGAACUACACAGAGCUCUCGAGAGUCACUGGUGUUCCGAUUGAGUAUUUUUUUAGCCGAGGAAUAUCUAUCAAGAUGUUUUCUCUGAUAUAUAGAAUGGCAAGCAGGGAGGGAUAUGUAGUUCCUGUUAUUGAGUCGUUUGAGCUGAACCGUGGGUUUGAGGGAGGGUUUGUGAUGGAUCCUAUCCGAGGGUUUUACGACAAGCCGGUAUCUGUGAUGGACUUCAGCUCGCUAUAUCCCUCGAUAAUGAUCAGCAAGAACCUGUGUUACACGACGUUGCUCACAAAGGAGCAGUAUGGCAGGGUUGGGGGAGUUGAGACGCCCACGGGGGACUACUUUUGUAGUGCAGAAACAAAGAAGGGGCUGCUGCCUAGGAUUCUGACAGACCUGCUAGCGUCGAGAAGAGCGAUAAGAAAGGCAAUGGAGGAGGAGAAUGAUGAGGAGCUGAAGGUAUGUCUGAAUGGCAGGCAGUUAGCAAUGAAGCUGUGUGCAAACUCGAUAUAUGGAUUUACAGGAGCCAGUACAGGAAAGCUCCCGUGUUUUGAGAUAUCGCAGAGUGUGACAGGGCUUGGCAGGGAGAUGAUAACGUAUGUGAAGAGGCUGAUUGAACAGACGUUUUGCAAAGCUAGUGGAUACAGCCACAAUAGUGUGGUGAUAUAUGGAGAUACUGAUUCGGUGAUGAUUAGCUUUAAUGAACCUGACAUGAAGAGGGUCUUUGAGAUGAGCAAGGAGAUAAGUGAAAUGGUUUCGAGCAAGUUUGUGAAGCCAGUGUGCUUGGAGUUUGAGAAGGUGUAUUGCCCGUAUCUACUAAUUAACAAGAAGAGAUAUGCAGGGCUGAUGUAUUCGAGUCCGGACAGUCCCAGCAAGAUCGACACAAGGGGAAUCGAAACUGUGCGAAGAGAUAACUGUGAGCUUGUAAGAGAUGUUGUGGAGUCUGUGCUAGAGAAGAUUUUGUAUCUGAGGGAUGUAGAGGCGGCCAAAGUGUUGGUAAAGAACGUGAUAAGAGACUUGCAUCAAGGACGAGUUGAUUUGAGUUUGCUUGUGAUUUCAAAGUCGCUUACCAAGACGGGAGACAAGUAUGAAACAAAGCAAGCACACGUGGAACUUGCAAAGAAGUUGAAGGAACGGGAUGAGAGCACUGCGCCGGUGCUUGGCGACCGAGUACCGUAUGUGAUAGUUAAGAAGGGAAAGAAGAAGGCGGCAUAUGAGAAGAGCGAGGAUCCGGUGUAUGUUCUUGAGAAUGACCUUCCGAUUGAUACAGAGUAUUACAUUGAACAACAGCUAUCGAAGCCUCUGAGCAGGAUAUUUGAGCCAAUCAUGGACAAUGUUUCAGAGCUUUUCAAAGGAGACCAUACACUGGCAAUCCCAUCGAUUUCUCUUCAUGGCCCGAUGAAUGCAUUUGUGAAAGCAGCAACGACGUGUGUUGGAUGCAAAUCGACGGGCAAGGUGUUGUGUGAUGGAUGCAUUGAUGAUUUCCAUGUGCAUCUGCAGAGAAUGCAGAACGAUGUUGAGGAGAAGAAGGAAAGGCUGAACAGCUGCUGGGUGGAAUGCCAAAGAUGCCAAGGAAGUGUUCAUGGGCAGGUGCUGUGUGUGAACAGGGAUUGCCCCAUUUUCUACAUGCGAACCAAGGUGAAGAAAGAAUUGGCUCCUCUUAGUGAAAGGCUUGAGAAGCUAAGAUCGUUUAAGUGGUAG